AUGGGUGAUUGUCCCCACUGCCAUAGCUUCAACGGUGCUCCAACUUGCUCUAGCUGCAAGACCUACCUACGCAUCGGCGGGCUGCUGCAAAGUGGGAAGUUAAGCCGGUACCAGGAAGGAUCGGUGUUGACCGCUUUGCGGAAUUGCGCGGGAGCCCUUAGCGACCUGGUGGAGAUUGGUGUGCCAGGGCCUUUUGGCAGUGGGGUACCUGACAAGGAGGCUGAGAUUGAGACGGAGCUACGACGGUCCAAUCCCUGCCGGGAGCCGACCACCUCCAGAGCCAGCAGGCUCACCACCGAAGGAAGAUCGGGACAGCAGAAACUACGGACGGUGGAAGGGGUACAACCAUUACCUCAGAGGAGUCAAUUACUGGAAGAACCGGAAGAGACACCCAAGGUUGACAUGGCGCCAAAAGCGAAAGUGCAUCCUAUGGCAAAAGUGCGAGUGAAAGCCAAAGCAAAGCCAAAAGGAGUCGGGAAAGCCAAAGCAAGAGGUGUAGCCCUGGUGCGGGGUCGGAGGACCCUGAGGCGCCCUGCCGGGGUUCCGCCGGAUGUGGACCGCGCUCAGCCUCAGAAGGUGGCUUGGGAUGCCGGCCAUACAGUCCGAGGGGGAGAUAUGAGCCUCGAUUGGCUCCGCGGCGAGACAGGUCUGGUGGUGGAGGAAGCGCGAUACUUCCACAGGACCUGCAAGGUCGCAGGAGCCGUGGUCGGAACCCUGUAUUCGGGGAAUCACGUAGAAGUGAGGCUGAAACCCACGGGAACGACAGACGAGGGCAUUCUCAAGCUUCAGAGUGGCCAGCCGAGGUUAGAACUGAGGGUUCUUCUUUGCAAUCCGGCUUGCAACCACGAGGAGACCGCGGAAGAUCUAGUCCAUGGACUGCGGAUCCGAAAGCAGAGGCCGGCCGACGGGGAGGAGCCCUGGGUGAACAAUCUAGAGAAGGUUGCCGGCCUCGAGGGGCCGGACGAGUUGGAAAGACUCCGCACGGAGAUGGAGGAGAGGCGCAAAGCAGCCGACGCGCCCCGCACUGGAGCCGAGCUGAAGAAAGAGAAGGGCAAGAAGGAAAAGAAGGAGAAAAAGAAAAAGAAAGAAAAAGAAAGAAAGAAGAGCUCCACCAGCGGGGACUCCGUCUCCGGGGUAGCAGCCCUGGACGGGACGAAGGCCAGACAGGCAUCCCAGAAAAAGCCAAAAGCGUUGUUCGCAGGUACGGGGCUAGAUCCCUUGGACAAAGUGAGGAGCCGUGCACUACGGUUGGCAAAGAGGUAUGUGAAGAAAAAGGGAAAGAAAGCCAGCAGCGACUCAGACAGCACGAGCGGCAGCUCACCAGGAGCCCGGUUGGAAGAGGAGUCGGAGACGAUCUUCCAGCAAGCAGCUCGCGUGCGGGGGAUUGCCGACGCCUACCCAGGCGUUCUGGCAAAUCAAGCCCUGGGACAGAUGCGAGCGAACCUCCUCCAGACCCUGGGAGAGGCCGAAGGCGUGAAUACUCUCCCAGUGGUUGCAGUUCAAUACUACCGUCAGGUAUUGCAAAAGAAAUCAAGUGGUCCGAUGAGUCGGGAGCUCCUCACACUUUGCGCUGCCUCCGACCUCUUAGCGCGAGGGAAGGCGGCACAAUGCCUCGACUUGCUGCUGCAGAGGGUGAAGAGUGCAGAAUCAACGCUAUCCGGGACCCACUGGUCGGUAGCCCAAAAGUUGGAGCUAUUGCCAAGCGAGCAAUCAAGUCUCACGGAUGCAGCAGAGAUGCGGGAAGCGCAGCGCAUAGCGUUCGAGGAGUCCAAAACAAGAUGGAUGUCCUCUUUGCCCGAAGGCAGACCCCUAGGAUCGCAGAAGGGGGGAGGAAAAAAGGGCAGUGGAAAAGAGGACUACAGGCGUGGAGCAGAUGGCAAAAAAGGUUUUGGUGCGAGGCCAGAUGAGCCUUGUGAGGUCGCAGUGGAGAGCGAAAAGAUUGAGGAUGCGCCGUAUGAGGGAGGAUUGGCAGUGGCCUCCCCGGCGGAGAAAUUGAAGCAGCUCUCCCUUCGAGGCUUGGCGACCGGUGGGAUGCCCUAUAAAGCCUCGGAGCAAUCAUCGCCUGUGGCGGCGGAGCCCAUCGCAGUGGCGACAGGGUCAAAUGACCUUAGCACAGGAAGCAAAGGAGGGAUAUUUCCGCUGCCCACCUCUAGGGAACGUUUGCUGGUUUUUGACCCAGGGUUGACUGAGUUUGAAGUUUUCUCGUGUUUGUGUGUUUGUGUUAGUUUGAACUCGUUUUGGGGAAGCGAUUUGACCAGUGAAGAUGAACUGAAUGAUGCCCAGCGUGCUUGUAUGGGCGAGAUCCUGAAGGAUGUCAAGAGAGUGGUACAUCUGAAGGAAGCUGUCUCUGGUGUGAACUGGUCAGAGUUUUUCUCGGUUCGAUCCAUUGACUAUAAAGGUGAUGAAGUCAAGGUGGCCCAGUGGUUCACUUGGAGUAGUAUUGGCCCGGCGCUUCCGAAGGAGGUGGGUGUUGUCCCACUUGCGGAGGUUUGUAGUCACGGGUGUCGUGACUAUGUACUCCAUUUUGAGAGGUACCUCAAACCGUCUGCCGAAUGGGGAAGUGUACCCAGGCCCAGGGCCAUGGUUUCCGACGAAGACUGGCCGGCAGUGUGCCAAGGGCUGGUAGCCUCCAGGGUGUGUGUUUUUAUCCCCGAGGAGGACGUUUUUUGCACUGAUCAAGGCCCGUUGCUCAAUGGAAUGUUUGAGGUCAGCAAAGAAGAGUUCACCCCUGAGGGUGUCGAGGUGUAUAGGUUGAUAAUGAACCUUAUCCCCUUGAACAAGCUCUGUAAGCCGCUGGCGGGGGACAUCGACUCUUUGCCGUCAUGGAGUACGAUGAGUCCUUUUUUCUUACAACCCCAUGAGCAGUUGCUGGUCAGUAGCGAAGACGUGAAGUGUUUCUUCUACGUGAUGUCAGUUCCCAUUUCAUGGACCAAGUUCCUUGCUUUCAAUAAGCUUGUACCGCCCGAGAUCUUGCCAAGUGACCUGUCGGGGCAACGGGUCUACCUGGCGAGCCGGGUUCUACCCAUGGGUUUUGCCAACUCGGUCAGCUUGGCCCAACAUGUUCACAGGAAUCUCGCCAAAUGGAGUGCGGACCCAGCAGGAGACAGAGACGCGGGGGGUAAUCGCCCUGAGGCGGAGCUCCGCAAGGACCGUGAAUUCAGCCAUCACAGCACAAAUUGGAGAAUCUACCUGGACAACUACGAUCUUCUGGAAAAGGUCUCCAAGACGGACGUGACGAGUUUGGAAGGGAGUUGUGCCGCCGGGGUAUUGUCCCUGAGGAACGAGUACGAAAAAUGGGGGGUGCCAAGGAACUUGAAGAAGGCGGUCGAGCGAUCCUCGCAAUGUGAACUUCAAGGGGCAACGGUGGAUGGGGUGGCUGGAGUCGCCUAUCCCCGUGAGGCUAAGUUGGUGAAGUACUUCAGUCUUGCCCUUGACCUUUGUCAACGUGCGGCGGCGACACAGCGACAAUGGCAGGUAGUUUGCGGGGGACUGGUGUAUAUCAGCAUGUUUCGCCGGCCGCUCCUUGGAAGCCUCAACCAAGUCUGGAUGCACAUUCUGUCCUAUGACCGCUACAAGAAGCGAGUACGGGCCACGCCGGCUGCAUGCCGUCUGGAAGUGCUGCGCUUCCUGGGGUUGCUGCCGCUAGCGCGGCUUGAUUUUAGAUUAGACAUGCAUCCCAUGGUGACCUGCAGUGACGCCUCAAGCCAAGGGGGAGGAAUCUGUGCCUCGACCAGGCUUACGGCUCUUGGAGGAAUGGUCAGUGGUGGUGCCCUGCGGGGAGAAGUCCCUGAACCCGGGGACGACCUGAUGGUCUUUGCCAUCGGGCUCUUCGAUGGGAUCGGGGCGCUCAGGGUUGCCUUGGUUGGGCUAUGUGUCUGUGGAGUGCCACAAGCCGGCCCAGAGAGUCGUGGUGUGUCGGGGUUAAACCCUGAUCGCAGGGGAGCCUUGCGGGAUGAGCGGUCGAGCCUGUUCCAGCACGUGCCGCGGGUACGUGACCUGGUUCGGCAUGCGUUUCGGUGGUGCCCUGUCCACACGCUUAUGGAGUCCGUGGGUUCUAUGGAUGAGCAGGACCGCGCAACAAUGAGCCAGGGUUAUGGCGCAGAUCCCCUCUUCUGCGAUGCCGGGUCCUUCACCUGGUGUCACAGACCUCGCCUGUAUUGGCUAAGCUGGGAAAUUGAUGAGUGUGACAAUGCGCGGCUUGACCACAGCGGUGAUUUGGUCAAAUUGGAGCUGUCAGGAAACCAAAAGACCGAGGAGGUGAUCCGCGCCGGCUGGUGGAAGGUGGACCCUGAAAAG